AUGACCCUGGCCUCCCUUCAUCGCGCCUCUCUUUUCACCGUAGACAAGUACGCCGACAAUGUCAUCGAUUCCGGACUGUAUCUCUUCAACAUGCAUGGGCUUCGCUAUUCUAUGGCGGAAAUCGGAUGCCAGGCUCCAACACUCACGUGCAUCCGAGCGGGCAAGCUCUACGCAAGACUCAAAGGCGGGGAGCAUGAGAGAAGAUACUGGUACCAGGUGGACCAGGUGAUGCGUUAUUAUACGAUGGAGCUUGCGCUUACUGAGGCCAAAAAGAAGGAGGUCGCAAACAAGAGGGCAGCGGAAUUUCUAGAAUAUGGCAAGCUAGGACCUACCACUCUCAUCGGAACAAGCAAAAUCCUUGGUAAAUACCUGGUCGCUGUCGACGGUGGUUUCUUCUUGGAGGUCGUGGAUCCGACCUUCUCCGCCUUCACUCCCACACAAAUGAUCAACAAUCCAGAUCCCUACUUCGACAGUUACGGCCCUUUCCCUCGACCAACUCUUCCUGGAAUUCCUGCCCCAACGACAAUUACGCCGCUGCUACUUCGCGAGAAUCCCGCCGCAGAGCUGGCCGAAAGCCCUCCCUUUCUAUGGGCCUCCUUUCUGUUUUGUGUUGCCACUUUCUUUUUCUUUGUUUGGUUUGGAAUGAUGGUGGUCGGCUUCCUAUUUCUGAUGUUUACAAGGCUCGGGCGACUUCUAUUAGCUCCACUGGUCAAGCACUCAUCUGCUCCGGCAGCUCACUCUACCCCUCGGGCAGCCCAGUUUGAGACGUUGACGAUUUAUUACCUUGAUAAAGUAGCCGCUAACAGCGGUAGGGAUAACAAUAUUGUAGGGGCGCCAGAUUAG